CAGCUAGAACAAGUCCUAUAAUUUACUGAUAUUAAAUUAGAUUGGAAAUUUCAACCGUAAUAACAAUAUUUUACAAUGGCUAGGUACAUGAGACCACCUAACCCAUCACUCUUCAUUAGAAACAUCUCCGACGAAUCCAGUACCUGGGCUUAACUUGCAUGCAUGCCAAACAUGACAAUGAGUGACAGGAGUUGGCAUGAUGGCACAGACAGACUGGCACUCAGGCUUCCAUCUACCUGGCUUGUAGUGCAUGAAAUACCUCUUGUCCGAUGUCACAUUUUAUACCCACAUUUCUAUGGCCAGAGGAACUACGCCGUGAAUUUGGUCGUUAUGGGCCUAUUGUAGAUGUCUACAUUCCACUUGACUUCUCUACACGGCGUCCAAGAGGAUUUGCUUACAUUCAAUUCGAGGAUGUGCGAGAUGCAGAGGAUGCCCUCCACAACCUGGACCACAAGUGGGUGUGUGGUCGACAGAUCGAGAUCCAGUUUGCACAGGGUGACCGAAAAACCCCCAACCAGAUGAAGACUAAGGAGAGCUCUCCUCGCAGAGGGUCCCGCAGCAGCUCCUUCUCCCGCUACGACGACUACGAACGCGGCGAUGGCCGCCGCAGACGCAGUCGCAGCUACGAAAGGCGCCGGUCGCGCAGCCCUUCCUGCGACCGCCGUCCUCGGAGGUCAGAGAGCCCGAGAGACUCUCGGUCAAAUGGCAGGCACAGGCGAAGCAGAAGCCAUGAAAAUAACAGGUACAGGGGCCCUCCACGUGAACACCACAGGAUGCACCACGCACCCCCGUCUCGUAACCGCUCCGCCUCCCGCUCCCCCUCUCAUCCCAGAUCCAGGCCCAAAGACACAAAGUCCCAGUCCAAAUCCCCCAGCCCCGUCAAGGACUUCCACCCCUCUUCUGGCUCCCAGAAACAGGCCUGUCGCCGCUCAUACUCGAGAUCUGUGUCCCGAUCUCGCUCCAGAUCCUAGGACCCCACCACCCUCAAACCCUGUUAUUCUGUAGCUAAAGAUGUUUUUGAAUAUGGCAUCUAGUGAGUGGUUAUUACACACCCCACCUUGGUUCAUUAGUUGAGUUAUCAUGAUAUCUCUGGGCUGAUACCAUUCAACAGAGCUGGUUGUCCCUACAGAUGGAUAGUCAUUUGUUAGUUCAGUUUCAUUCACCUCUAAAGAAAAUUGUCUGUUUUUAAUUUACCUUCAUAUCUGUUUAAUUCUAUUAUUUGAGAACCCAAUGGAAUUAAGUUCAGUGCAUAAGAAUUGGUCAACUAUGAAAUGUCAUGGUACUGCUUGUUUUGAGCUAACAGGUAUUAACCUCUGGCUAUAGAAUUUGAGUGCAAAAACCCAUUUAUAAGAGAACAAGUUAUCCAUCUGGAGUUUGCAGUGAUAUCUAGCCAUCAAGUUUACUGCUAUUAUUUUUGUACAUUUGAUGUAACUAAAGUCUGCAUUUUUUUAAAUCCGUUUUUAUUUUGUUUGUUCAAUUCUUGCAGCAGUGUUUUCUCUGUGGAUUAAACAUGUUAAGUUUUAA